AUGAAUACUCAACGAGAAGGAUCUUCAACUACUCGUCCACCUCUUCUAAUCGGCUCCAACUACUCAUACUGGAAGUCAAAAAUGAAGAUGUUUAUCAAAUCCAUAGAUGAGAGAGCAUGGCGCGCCAUCGUAACUGGUUGGACACCUCCCAUGAUCAAAGGAGAAGACAAAGAGGAAGUAUUCAAACCAGAAGCAGAUUGGAGUGAUGGAGAAAUACUACUCGCAAAUUACAACUCGAGGGCCCUAAACGCAAUAUUUAGUGGUGUUGAUGAUAAUCAAUUUAAGCUAAUAGCGUCAUGUGAAUCUGCAAAGAGAGCUUGGGAAAUUCUUCAAGUCACAUACGAAGGAACGUCAACUGUAAGGACAUCCAAGCUACAGAUGUUGGCCACCAAAUUCGAAAAUUUGAAGAUGGAGGAGAAUGAGACGAUCACUGACUUCCAUGCUAAAUUAUGUGAUAUCUCCAAUGAAUCAUACGCACUCGGUGAACCAUACUCAGAAAGCAAAUUAGUAAGAAAAGCUAUGCGCUCAUUACCUGAAAGAUUCGCUUACCGAAUUGCUGCCAUUGAAGAAGUCAGAGACGUUGACACGCUCAAACUAGACGAACUCAUGGGGAAACUUCUAGCACAAGAACUCAAUCAUGGUGAAAAUCAUCGUGAAAAAUCUAGAGAAAAGAAGAUAGCCUUUCAAGCAGAAACAUCAUAUGCAACGCCCCAAAAUUCGUCAACUCAAGAAGAUGAGCAAACAGUUGAAGAAUCCUUGGCACUACUAUCGAAAAAUUUUGGGAAAUUUCUCAAAAAGAUCGGAAAAAGGGGAAAUCUUCCAAGCACAGGGAAACCCGUGAAUUUUCAAAACUCUAGGAGAAAUUCAAAUCAAGAUAAGUCAGAGGAGUCAAAACCAAGAAGAAUACAAUGCCGAGAAUGCGAAGGCUUUGGUCACAUUCAAUCAGAAUGCGCAAACACCCUGAAGAAAAAGAAGAAAAUGUCACUUACUACUGUUUGGAGCGAUGAAGAAGAAUCUGAUGAUGACCAAGGAAACAACGAUCAAGUCACUAACUUUGUAGCAUUCAGCAGCAAAGUCCCUCUGGACAGUUCAGAAUCAACUGUUGCUUCAACUGUUGGAACAGUCUGUGAAACAGAAUCCAGGUAUGAAAAUAUGUGUUCUGAUUAUGACAAAAAUUUAAACGAAAAUUCUUCUUUUGCAGAGGAUCCGAACAGCAGCAGUGAUGAGGAAGAACCAACCUUGGAUGAAGUAAAGGAGGUAUAUGAAAAAAUGUACCAAAAAUGGCUCGACGUCGUUAAGGUAAACAACUUCCUGGAAAAGGAGAAGUUUGUGCUUGUAGAGGAAAACAAGACACUAAAGGUAAGAAUCUCUACUCUUGAGGAAAGGGUCAUAUCUAGUGAUCAAGAGAAAAAUAGUUUGCAGGCUAAACUUACUCAAACUCAAGAAGCAAUUGCAAAAUUGAACUUGGGUAGAGGUAAUCUAGAUGAAAUCUUACGCAACAACAAGCCAAACUAUAAUCGUCUAGGCAUAGGAGGGAGUCAGCUACCCAAAGUUGAUUUAAAGCGAAAGGAAGAUCAAAACAGAAAAAUCAACUUUGUUAAACAAGCUUCUGUCUCACAAACAGUUGCAACUGUUGAAGCAACGAAACACAAUUCAAAGAAAAGGUUUAUUCCCACUUGUUUUUUCUGUCAAAAUCCAGGUCACAUACGUCCUAGAUGCUUCAAAUAUUUAAAACUUGUGAAAAAGCUUGUGGCUCGUUCUCUUUACUCUACUAAGGCUGAUUAUUUUCCUUCACCCCCUCAAAAACCCAAAAAUAAAAUUGAUAUUUCCAAUAGACCUCAGCAAAAAAUUUGGGUUGAAAAGUCCACGUUUAAAUGCUUAUCUGCGAUUACUUCUUUAAAAGCAAGUACUACUAAUGAUUGGUAUUUUGACAGUGGGUGUUCACGACAUAUGACCGGUGUUAAAGAGUUUCUGAAAAACUAUCAACAAAUCACCGGUGGAGCUGUUACCUUUGGAAACGGAAAAAAGGGUGAAGUGCUAGGGAAAGGAUCACUAAAUCAUGAGAAUCUGCCAAAGCUGAAGAAUGUACUACUUGUAGAAGGACUCACGUCAAAUCUGAUAAGCAUCAGCCAGCUAUGUGAUCAAGAUCUUGAAGUUAGAUUCAACAAAUUCGCAUGUCGAGUAUUAGACAAAGACGAGAAUUGUGUUAUUCAAGGAACUCGAUCAUCUGACAACUGCUAUAUUCUUGUCUCUGCAGGUACCACUAAAACUCCGUACGAAAUUUGGAAAGGACCACUGGAAGAGGAACCAACAAAGGAAUCGGAAAACAGUUCCAGUGUCGCACCAACAGUUCCAACAGUUGAUGCAGCCUCCACCAUUUCAGAAGACAGUGACGUCAAUUCUGAAACAGGAGACGAAGCUGAGGUCAGGCCUCUCGAACUGGAUGACCAAACUCACAAGGAACCCUCAAGAAGAGUCAAGAAGAAUCAUCCAGUGGAUCAAGUCAUUGGUUCAGUUGAAGAAGGAAUUCAAACCCGAGGUAAACCCAAGGUGAAUUACAAGGAAAUGGCAAGGUAUGUUUGUUUCACCUCAACUCUAGAACCCAAAAACGUCAAAGAAGCCUUAUUAGAUGAAUAUUGGAUUCAAGCCAUGCAUGAGGAACUGGAACAAUUCGUUAGGAAUGACGUGUGGGUCUUGGUCCCUAGGCCUGACAAUGUCAAUAUAAUAGGUACAAAAUGGGUUUUUAAAAAUAAGUCUGAUGAACACGGAAAUAUCAUUCGUAACAAAGCUAGAUUAGUUGCUCAAGGCUAUAGUCAAAUCGAAGGCAUUGACUUCGAUGAAACUUUUGCACCUGUUGCUAGACUAGAAUCUGUUCGAUUACUCCUAGCCAUUGCUUGUUUUCUAAAAAUCAAACUUUUUCAAAUGGAUGUCAAAAGCGCUUUCUUAAAUGGUAUUUUAAAAGAAGAAGUUUAUGUUGAACAACCCAAAGGAUUUCAAGAUCCACAUUAUCCCAAGCAUGUUUUCAAAUUAAACAAAGCCCUGUAUGGUCUCAAACAAGCGCCUCGAGCUUGGUAUGAGCGUCUUACAGAAUUUUUAUCGCACAAGGGAUACACUAGGGGUAGCGUCGAUCGAACUCUUUUCUUUAAAAAAUCAAAGGGAGACAUCCUGAUUGCUCAAAUUUACGUAGACGAUAUCGUUUUUGGAUCUACCUCGCAAACAAAAAUCGAAGAAUUUGUUAAACAAAUGUCUAGUGAAUUUGAAAUGAGCAUGGUUGGGGAACUCACGUAUUUUCUAGGACUUCAAGUUAAACAAAUGAGUGAUGGAAUUUUCAUAACUCAAUCCAAGUAUGCAAAAAACCUUGUCAAACGUUUUGGUUUGGAAUCUGCAAAAACUGUUAGAACUCCUAUGGGAACGAACGACAAACUGUCGCGACAGUUGGAUGCAACAGCUGUAGAUCCCACACUUUAUCGCAGCAUGAUAGGUAGUCUUUUGUAUCUUACUUCUAGCCGACCAGAUAUAUGCUAUAGUGUUGGAGUUUGUGCCAGGUAUCAAUCCAACCCCAAGGAAUGCCACCUUAGUGCUGUAAAACGAAUCAUUCGCUACGUAAGUGGAACAAUUGAUUUCGGUAUUUGGUAUUCUAUGGAUACUAACACAACACUUGCAGGCUUUAGCGAUGCUGAUUGGGCAGGUGAUGCAGAUGAUCGAAAAAGCACAACUGGAGGAUGCUUCUAUCUUGGUAACAAUCUCGUGUCCUGGUACAGCAAAAAACAGAGUAGUAUCUCGCUUUCCACUGCCGAAUCGGAAUAUAUCGCCGCAGGUAGCUGUUGUGCCCAACUCUUAUGGAUGAAACAAAUGUACAGCACUCUCGAACUAAGCAUAUUGAAAUCCGGUACCAUUUCAUUGGUCUGUGAAUAG